CUUCUGGGGUUCGCUGGAGAGGCCGGAUUCCUAGGGAGAGGGCGGCGGGCCGUUCUGCUGCCUCUGUUGCCAUGGCGACACAUUACAGCAGCCUCCUUGGAAUUGACUGGGAAGGUCACGCUAGCAUGGCCUCGGAAAACCAUGGCUGCUAAUAAAGGAAUGGCCAUAGGCAUCGACCUGGGCACCACCUACUCGUGCGUGGGCGUGUUCCAGCACGGCAAGGUGGAGAUCAUCGCCAACGACCAGGGCAACCGCACGACCCCCAGCUACGUGGCCUUCACCGACACCGAGCGGCUCAUCGGCGACGCGGCCAAGAACCAGGUGGCCAUGAACCCGCAGAACACCGUGUUCGAUGCCAAGCGUCUGAUCGGCAGGAAGUUUAACGAUCCUGUUGUGCAGUCGGACAUGAAGCUUUGGCCAUUUCAAGUGAUCAACGAAGGGGGCAAGCCCAAGGUGCUGGUGUCCUACAAAGGGGAGAAGAAAGCCUUCUACCCCGAGGAGAUCUCGUCGAUGGUGCUGACGAAGAUGAAGGAGACUGCAGAGGCUUUCCUGGGCCACAAUGUCACCAACGCGGUGAUCACGGUGCCCGCCUACUUCAACGACUCGCAGCGGCAGGCCACCAAGGACGCGGGCGUGAUCGCGGGUCUGAAUGUGCUGCGCAUCAUCAACGAGCCCACAGCUGCUGCCAUUGCCUAUGGCUUGGAUAAAGGAAGUCAUGGAGAGCGGCACGUGCUCAUCUUCGACCUGGGGGGCGGCACGUUCGACGUGUCCAUCCUGACGAUCGACGACGGCAUCUUCGAGGUGAAGGCCACGGCGGGCGACACGCACCUGGGCGGGGAGGACUUCGACAACCGGCUGGUGAGCCACUUCGUGGAGGAGUUCAAGAGGAAGCACAAGAAGGACAUCAGCCAGAACAAGCGCGCCGUGCGGCGGCUGCGCACGGCCUGCGAGCGCGCCAAGAGGACCCUGUCGUCCAGCACGCAGGCCAACCUGGAGAUCGACUCGCUGUUCGAGGGCAUCGACUUCUACACGUCCAUCACCAGAGCACGGUUUGAAGAGUUGUGUGCAGAUCUCUUUAGAGGCACCCUGGAGCCUGUGGAGAAGUCUCUUCGGGACGCCAAGAUGGACAAGGCUAAAAUCCAUGAUAUUGUUCUCGUGGGCGGCUCGACGCGCAUCCCCAAGGUGCAGAAGCUGCUUCAAGACUACUUUAAUGGGCGGGAUCUCAACAAAAGCAUCAAUCCCGAUGAGGCGGUGGCCUACGGGGCUGCAGUCCAGGCAGCUAUUUUAAUGGGUGACAGAUCUGAAAAAGUACAAGAUUUGCUCUUGUUGGACGUGGCGCCGCUGUCGCUGGGCCUGGAGACGGCGGGCGGCGUGAUGACGGCGCUCAUCAAGCGCAACUCCACCAUCCCCACCAAGCAGACGCAGACCUUCACCACCUACUCAGACAACCAGCCUGGGGUGCUGAUCCAGGUGUACGAGGGCGAGAGGGCCAUGACGCGCGACAACAACCUGCUGGGGCGCUUCGACCUGACUGGAAUACCUCCUGCACCUAGGGGCGUGCCGCAGAUCGAGGUGACCUUCGACAUCGAUGCCAAUGGAAUUCUCAACGUCACCGCCAUGGACAAGAGCACGGGCAAGGCCAACAAGAUCACCAUCACCAACGACAAGGGCCGGCUGAGCAAGGAGGAGAUCGAGCGCAUGGUGCAGGAGGCUGAGAAAUACAAAGCUGAGGAUGAGGGCCAGAGAGAGAAAAUUGCUGCCAAGAACGCCCUAGAAUCCUACGCCUUUAACAUGAAGAGUGCCGUGAGUGACGAGGGUCUGAAGGACAAAAUAAGCGAGUCCGAUAAGAAGAAAAUUCUGGAUAAAUGCAACGAGGUCCUUUCCUGGCUGGAGGCCAACCAACUAGCGGAGAAGGAAGAGCUCGAUCACAAGAGAAAAGAACUGGAGAACAUGUGUAACCCUAUCAUCACCAAACUCUACCAGGGAGGGUGCACUGGGCCCACCUGCCCGCCGGGGUACACGCCAGGCAGAGCCGCCACCGGCCCGACCAUCGAGGAAGUAGAUUAGCCUGGGACUACAGGGUGCAAGGGCGCCUCCAGGUGAAGUUUAUUCAUCUCCCAACAUCACCUCGAUUGAUUCCUGAACCGGCUAGACUAGCGCCUAAGUCACCAUCCUUUGGGACACUGACGAAGUCUGUAUUCCAUCUUCUCGGCGACGAUCCUGAAAUGGACCUUUAGGAGAACAAGACCCCUCUUUGAACCAUUUGAAGAAUUUGGAUGUCUGUUAUUUAUCGGCCACAUCCCACCUUUCUC